UUUAUUUAUAGUAUCGCGAGAUUUUCCGAGAUGUUGUAGCAGCGCGGAAAAGAAAGAAACCAAGAUGUUGUUCUAUUCAUUCUUCAAGUCUCUGGUGGGCAAAGACGUUGUCGUGGAGCUGAAAAACGACUUGAGCAUCUGUGGUACAUUACAUUCAGUCGAUCAGUUCCUGAACAUCAAGUUGACAGACAUCAGUGUUACAGACCCAGAGAAGUACCCACACAUGUUAUCAGUAAAGAACUGUUUCAUCCGCGGUUCCGUGGUGCGGUACGUUCAGCUACCAGCUGACGAGUGUGACACACAGCUGCUACAGGAUGCAGCCAGGAAAGAAGCAGCACAGAACAAACAAUAAUAACAACACUCCUCAAGUCAACAUAACUACAUCAUGGCUUUACAACAAAGACUCAUUCUUUGAAAACCCUUUGUUUUUGACAUUUUUAAGACAAGUAGUUGCCAUGUUAGCUUGUUUGUUCUUAGUUUCCUAGCAAGUAAAGCAUUUUGUUUUUAACUCCUUCCCAAUGAUUAUGAAUCAGAGGUGGAAACUGGUAUGAAAAUUGAAAGUUAGGAAUGCCAGUAGAUGUCAUUUCUAAUAUGGUCCUCCCCACAUGCUGUAUAUAUCAGCUGUUUUUGUUUAGAGAUCAAAGAUCUGUAUUUACAACAAGAUUUGAGAUAUAAACUUGAGAAAGUUUAUUUGUGUCAGGAGAAGUCAUACAGAAUUAAAGUUGAAUUAAACUGUUAUUUCCAUAAGAAAAUUUGGAUUUACCCUGACUUAUUUUCAACCGUUCAACUUCAUUUCUUGACAAAGACUGAAGUCGGACAGUGAAAAUUUGGGUAAGUCCUUUUUUGGUCUUAGAAAUUUCAAAGACCAAAAAUGGACUUUCCCAAAUAUUAAUUUUGAAUCCGAAUGACUUAAGAUAACUGGUGGUAUAGCCCAUAAGGCCAUAUGGUAUUUUAUCUUACCAGAAUAAUUAUGUUUUGUUUAGAAAGCCAAGAAGCUUCAUUUUGUUCAGUAAUACACUUUAAUAUUGCCUUUCAACUUAGAUCACUGUUCAUGUAUAUGAGCCUAAAUAACAUGAUGUUAUAUGACAUCUUUUGUUGUCUUAGUUAUUAGUAAAGUACUUUUUGUAUUUGUUUUGUUUUGGUGUUCUUUAGAGUAUGAUAUUAUAAAACAUUAAAAGGAUGCUGUAUCAAGAUACAAAUAAAUAUUAUAAGUGUAACUUAUGACAGUUGAAA